AUGGUGCGGGUCCGAGCCGUGGUCAUGGCCCGAGAUGACUCCAGUGGGGGCUGGCUUCCUGUGGGGGGCGGGGGCCUCAGCCAGGUGAGCGUAUGUCGGGUCCGAGGGGCCAGGCCCGAGGGGGGGGCCCGCCAGGGGCACUACGUCAUCCACGGGGAGCGCCUCCGGGACCAGAAAAUCACCUUAGAGUGUACCCUGAGGCCAGGCUUGGUUUAUAACAAAGUGAACCCCAUCUUUCACCACUGGAGCCUGGGCGACUGCAAGUUUGGCCUGACGUUUCAGAGUCCUGCAGAGGCUGAUGAGUUCCAGAAGAGUCUGCUGUCUGCUCUGGCUGCCCUCAGCCGAGGUUCACUCACUCCUUCCUCAUCUUCAUCCUCCUCUUCCCCUUCCCAGGACACCGCAGAGACUCCCUGCCCUCUCACGUCCCACAUAGACAGCGACUCCUCCUCCAGUCACAGUCGCCAGGAGACACCUCCCGCCUCCGCAGCCGCCCCCAUCAUCACCGUGGAGUCAGCUUCUACUUUCGGGCCGGCCAUGUCCCCCCAGCACCACCGUUCCUCUGCUCAGAGCUAUCCUCCGCUUCUACCUUUCACAGGGAUCCCGGAGCCCUCAGAACCUGUGGCUGGGGCAGGGGGUCCGGGCUGGGGUGGCCGUGGCUAUGAGGAUUACCGACGCUCGGGGCCACCUGCGCCCCUCACCUUGUCCACCUGCGUCGUGCGCUUCGCCAAGACUGGCACAUUGAGGGGCGCAUCUCCAGGUCCCCCAGUGUCACUACCUGCUCCUCUCACCGAGGCUGUUCCCCCAGCACCCCCGGCUCGCCCACCCCCAGGUCCCGGACCCACUCCUGUGCCAGCCAAGGCCUCCCCAGAGGCGGAGGAGGCUGCGCGCUGUGUCCAUUGCCGGGCGCUCUUCCGUCGGCGUGCAGACGGUCGUGGUGGCCGCUGCGCAGAGGCCCCGGACCCGGGUCGCCUGCUGGUGCGUCGUCUCAGCUGCCUCUGGUGCGCCGAGAGCUUGCUCUACCACUGCCUGUCGGACGCCGAAGGUGACUUCUCGGACCCCUGUGCCUGCGAGCCGGGCCACCCGCGCCCUGCUGCGCGCUGGGCCGCGCUGGCCGCGCUGUCCCUGGCCGUGCCCUGCCUCUGCUGCUAUGCGCCCCUGCGCGCCUGCCACUGGGUCGCCUCCCGGUGUGGCUGUGCCGGCUGCGGGGGACGCCACGAGGAGGCUGCGCGGUGA